UGGGUCUUGCUGAGACCAUCCCCAGCACAGCAACGUGUCCAAGCCCAGGAGGGUGGCUGGGCAGGAGUGGAAGGGCUGUUGUUUCUUGUGAGUGGCAUGGUUGUUUCUUAUCUGGACAGCCAGAGCACGUACUGUCCCAGGUAGUGAUAACAAAGCUGGGUGUCUGGAGGUGCCCUCACUGGACAGCCUGUCCUCCCUCUCCAGGGAGGGAAAUGCCGGUGAGAGGUCAGAUCUGCUCUAGACAGAGAACAAAGCUGCUUCAACCUCCAUCCCCAGGUCUGAGAUUAAUCUGCCCUGUGCCACGGCACUUUUUGCCUUGCUGCUAGGAAUUAAUUAACAGCUAAAAAUAGCAACUAUUUGCUCAUUCUCCACAGGACUUAGACCCAUAUGCCAAGGAUGAGGUAGGGGUCUGGCAGGCUGAGACAUCCAUGUUCCCUGGAAAUGUAGGGAAACGCAUCCCAGAACAUAGAGGUGGCGGAUCUGUGGGAUCCUGCCCACUUCCAUCCUCCCAUUCUCACUGUUCCCCCUUGGUGGAAGCAGCUGAACCCACAGGAAGGCUGGGAAGAGAGGAGUUAACUCCAAACCCAACCUCAGGGAGAGGGGAAAAAAAUAAUACAGAGAGAGAUCAAUGGAUCAGCAGCUAGAGCAGAGGGAGGGAAAAGGAGGGGAGAGGGAGAGAGAACGUGCAAGGAGCUGCAGAAGGAGAGAGCUGAGUGUGAGAGCGGAAAGAGGGAGCAGGGGGACGGGGGGAUGCAGCAGAGUGUCAGGCAUUGCUGACAGCAUUGCUAGAAGAAACUGUCAGUGUCCCACAUCCUGCUGAUGAAGGUCUGCCUCCUCCUCACUGCUGCUGCCCAGGCUUUUCUGGAGGUCUACCCAGAGCAAGCGGAGAAGCUACACGCUUUUCCUUGCAAAGGUGAGUGCCAGUUUUCCAAGCCUCGGGAUGAGCCCAGAGCUGUCCCAGCCCACGUGCAAGGGGUAUGCCCAGAGGAAGACUACAGUCUUCUGCUUGGGCAAUAAGGUCCACAGGACCAGGACAGAGGAGCUGGGAACAGAGGGGAGUGCAGAGCAGAGAUGAGUUUUCAGUGCUGUAUAGAAUGUGCUAAGAAGAAGUGGUACGAGCAGAGAGAGAGGGCAGUGUGGGAUGAAAGAGCUUGCAUGACCCAGAAAGAGUUAAUUGCAUGUCAACUGUUGCUAGAUAACCGUGCCUUUCCAUCUUGACUGCUGCUCAAUGAAGGACAAUUUGUUCUAAUGAAAGAACAAUAAGCAGAAGGCUCGUUAGGAGAUAUGGUGUUUGUGCUCCUUGUCUGUGUGUGGUGGCACACAGUACUGGAAGAAGUUUAGCCACAAAUCACAGCACCCUGCUCCUUGAGUUUUUGGGUUAUAUCACUCCUUUGUUAUGACUAUUGUGCUGUAUUUUGGGCAGCUCCGAGUUCUGCCCCCCCCCCCUUCUCUCAUGUCACAGGGAGAGGUGAAGAGCUGCACAAAGAACAGAGAUCAACUGCAGAAUGUGAGCACUGAUAGUGACCAGGGACAAGAUAGGACCCAACAGCCAAAUUCCCUUUGCCUGCACCAUCCAUAGGGUUAACAAAACCCCAAACCCACAGACCAAACACAUCCCACCUGCUUUUCUCAGAGAUCCUUUGAACUCUGAAUUGAAAACACAUUAAAUAUGAUAGAGUACAGUGCAGAUUCUUUUCUCCACUUCCCACACUGCCAAUUUAGCCACCACCAUCCAGCCCAUUACCUCCUAUCAGCAUCAGGAUUACUGUCCUUAGUCACAGGUCCUCUGUGUAAAACAGCUGCUGCAAGAAGAAAGAGGAGCAGUCACUUGUGGGGUGGAGAUGGCACGCUUGUAAGCAUGGCAUGGUGUUUCUGCUGUGGAGUUCCUUCUUCUGGAGGUGUCUCAGCCCCAUGUUCAGGGUGGCCAUCCCUCUCAAUCCCUCCUUCCCUAUGUUCUUGCAGCCCUGGAUGAGCCCAGUGGAGCAUCAGCUGGGAUGAAGACUUGAGAUCCCAGGGUUUAGCAGCAUACUGUAUGUAGGAGUAAUGCAGGAGAGGCCAAGCGGUGGAGCAGGAGGUCUUCCAAGAGGGCUGGGAGGUCAGAAGACACUGUGGUGGGGAUGUGAAUCUGGACUGUCUCUCUCUCUAUGCACAGGGUCCCACUGUCAGAGAGGGAGAAAUGCCAGGGGGCUGGAAUGCCUCCUCUGACAGCCCGGAACUGCCAGCUGCAGGGAUCAUCGUGCCUGUCAUCUUCUCCCUCAUCUUUCUUCUGGGCACUGUGGGGAACGGACUGGUGCUGGCUGUGCUGCUGAGGAACGGCCAAGUGAAGUACAACACCACCAAUCUCUUCAUCCUCAACCUGGCCGUGGCUGACCUCUGUUUCAUCAUUUGCUGUGUCCCCUUCCAAGCCACCAUUUACACCCUGGAUGGGUGGCUCUUUGGGGCCUUUGCCUGCAAGGCUGUGCAUUUCCUGAUCUACCUCACCAUGUAUGCCAGCAGCUUCACCCUGGCUACAGUCUCCAUUGACAGGUACCUGGCCAUUCGCUAUCCACUGAAGUCCCGGGAUCUCCGCACUACCCAAAAUGCAGGAGUGGCCAUUGUAGUGAUUUGGUUGCUAUCACUACUCUUUGCAGGGCCUUACCUCAGUUACUACCAGAUUGUCCAUUACCAUGGGGUGCCCAUCUGCGUCCCCGUCUGGGAGGACCAACGCCGAAAGAUUCUGGACAUCCUUACGUUUGUAGUUGGAUACCUCUUACCUGUGACUGUAGUGAGCCUGGCAUACGCCAGGACCAUCAAGUUCCUGUGGACCUCUGUAGACCCUAUAGAGAGGAUCUCAGAGUCCCGAAAGGCCAAGCGUAAGGUCACCAAGAUGAUCGUGGCUGUGGCCAUCCUGUUCUGCCUCUGCUGGCUUCCACACCAUCUGGUUAUCCUGUGCUUCUGGUUUGGCCACUUCCCUUUCAACCGAGCCACUUAUGCCUGCCGCCUGGCAUCCCACUGCCUUUCGUAUGCUAAUUCCUGCCUCAACCCUAUCGUCUAUGCGCUCGUUUCCAAGCAUUUCCGAAAGCGUUUCAAGCAGGUCUUCACCUGCCUGUUCUUCCAGAACAAGAACAAGAAGAAGAGAACUGGAAAUAAAGUUCAUAUGGUCGCUGUGGGCAAAGGUUUCACUAAUAGCACUGGAGGCUUCUAUGGAGGCAACACUGAAUUGACUCAGGUCGCAAAGGAGAACAAUAGGAAGAGGGACACUGAAGGCGCCAGGCAUGCCAGAGCAUGGACUCACCAGCUACAAGAAGUUCAGAAGGAGCUGCUGGAGGAGGAAAUCUUGGUAACAGCUGGCCAUCCCCUAGCCAAGAACCCUCCAAGAAGGCCUCAAGAGUGUCUGGCUGCUGAUUGCAAAUGAGCAAAUGCAUCUCGGAAUGGCACAAUCCACCACAUCAGUGCAGAGCACAGGGACGUGUUAAUGUGAUGACAUUUCUCAUGGUCUGGGGGCAGUCCAAGUCCACCUCCCCUUCUGUGGCUCCUGCAUCCAGAUCAAAGAGGGCCGUUGCACUUUACCGCGCUGAGUCUGCACCAACAGCUUGGUUGUACAACCUCUGCAGAACUCACUGGUCAUACCUCCAUGAUACCACCAUGCCACAGCAGGUGAACAACUGAAAGGCUGUUGCACCCUCCCUGUGUACCCAUGGCUUCUCUGCAGCUCAAAAGCGAAAGGACCAUCAGUCUGGUCUCUUCCCCUGGCCCAGCCCUUCCAGAUAGUACUUAAUGGAAGAGGUUUCCUUGUGCUCUGCCCUGCUUAGCCUUUGAUCUUGCAAGCAGAUACUGCAGGACACUGUCCACUUCCUUGUGCUGCUUGCAGUUCUGAAAUAUUUCUUGGCAGUUAUCCUCAGUUCUUCCCAAGCAACCCUCACAAAUCCUCCUCCCACCAUGUUGUUCCAUCUGAUUAAUCUCUGCUUUAUUUCUGUUCGCCUUUUGGAAAUUCCUGAAGGACCGCUGCCUCUUCUUUGCUCUUUAUGUAGAGUUUCAUCCCUUCCUUCAGUGGUUGUUGCUCUCCGAGCGGUGAUGUAACUCGGCAUUAUUAGCCCUGUUUGUGUGCUUUACUGCCUUAGCAAGAUAUUAUUUUCCAUGAAAUGAGAAUCAUGAUUGCACUUGUGUGCACUUGGCUCAAUCUUAAAUCCUGUCUGUUCUUUUCUGUGUGGUGGAGAGAGCUUCCAGGAGGGGGCAAUGCCACCACCACUCAAAGGGCUGGAACACCUUCCGCAGCAUUCCUCACUGCAGGAUUGCUGUGGUCUGAUGUGCUCCUGGGAGCACAGUUUCCCAUUUGCUGUUCCUCGUUGCCCUCCUUGUCUCAAACAGCUGUAGAAGAGCCUUUGGUUGCAAUAGCUGCUGAAUGACCCCCUGUAGUAGAGUGGAGUGUCUUUCCAAACCCGACCAUAGGAAAAAUGGGAAUUGCUUUGGGGAUGGGGGAGGGCAAGAAAUAAGGUUCACAGAGGGUGCUGGAAUUUCUCCCUUUCCUAACCUGAAUAAAGCCCAGCAAUUUCCUUCUCCAGAUAAGUUUGAUGUGUGCUGAAUGCAAACUCUGCCAGUGUAGCAUGGGCUGCUGGAGGCUGUAUGAGCUGGUGGGAGUCCUUCAUGGGGACAAAAGGGAUGGUGAGACGGUAGGGCAGAGGGACAAGGGGCAGAAGGGAGGACAAGCAGGCACAUAGCAUGCGUGUGCAUGGAGAUAACCCUCCCAGCAAAGCCCUAUGCGAGGGGAUAUGAGGACCAAAUGCUGCAGCAGACUCCAGGCUGUGGGAAAUCUGCAGGGAGCACACUGCUCACUUCAUAGCUAAUUCAUACAGAGGGAGUAAUGCUGGGAGCCCCAGCUGGCAGAGAGAAGCCAUUUACUGCCAACCCACUGCCAAGCACCUGCGCCAAAUGCUGAAUCACUGGAGGCAGUGCAGCUCAGUCAGCUCUGUCCCAAGCUGCACAGACACAGUGUCCUUGCUUGCCCCCGUGCACAGUGGGACCUUUGAUAAGCAGGUGGAAGCUGCAGUAUCAGGUGAAGAGCUUACAGCCCUGUCUUUGUCCUUUGACACUCUCAGAGCUAUGGGCACAAUAUGGAAGGGAUGAGGGGGACAUGCAACAGUGGGAACAUGGAUUUGCAGAGUCCUGCUAUGUGCAAGCCAUGCAGCAGAUCUAUAAGCUCUCCCUAUUCUUCUUUCCUUGCCCUCCCCAACUUCUGCUUGCAUGAAUCUUCCCUUCUUGCUUGCUCUGCUUGCUUGUCAAAUUCCCAGGUGACAUGGCACUUCAAUGUGUGCUGACACUGUAGCACAGCUCAGCAGCAAGGACACCCCUUUCCCCAUGCUACAGCCAACCUGGUUGCUGCACUGGGGAUGUUUUUCUUUUCACACUCAAGCACUUGAUGUUGUUUUCUGCACCUUGAACCUCCCACGUCUCUCCUUGUGCUGGAACACGUGCAUUGUUUCUAGAUCUGUGGUUGCAUUUCACAACCCAAAGUGUUGGAGAAAGAAGGGAACAGCAGUCGAGAAUGGUGAUGCUCUGACCUUGUUCCCUUUUAAGAGUGAAACCUAAAUAACAUGGGACAAAAAGGAUGGGGGAAACCUGGGGAGAAGGCAUGUUUAGCACCUCUGCAAGAUGCGGCUCCCAUUCAUUCAUUCUGCCUGGAUCCAAGAGCCUGCAUUUUUGGGGAAGCAGAUGAGCAAGAGGCUCGAUAGCCAAGAGGGAAUUCCAGUCUGCCCAGUAACAAUACACAUGCUUCAACUGGUCCAACAGCUUAAAGGCAGAGGCAAAGAAAAGGUGUUAUGUCCUUGAUAUAAAACUGUCACUAAUUAAGGUCGAAGGAACUCGAAUGCUCUUCUCACACAGCCUCCCCUCCAGACUGAUUAGCAAUCAGCAGUCUCUGCUCCCAGCCUUUCAACUUAAUUAAUGAUUACUUGUCAUCGCUCAGACUGAUGAGCUCGGCUUUAAACCUGCGGGGGCUGCCACACCUGGGACGUGCUGAGCGUGGGGCAGCAGGGACAGAAGCAGAGAGGGGAGAAGAUCCAAUGGAAGAAGGCAAAUGAUGGUUGAAGAGCCCCUGGAUGAGCUAUUUGCCCUGUCUCCUUUAUCAGCUUCUUAAUCAAAACGGCUGAUUUCUCUCACCUUGUCAUCCCACUGCCUGGGGCUGCUCUCCCACGCUGCCCGGUUGUAGUGUACAAAGAAAUCAUCUUACUGCCUGUACCUUUCCGUGACGGAGAAGAUGAAAUCCAUCUCACUCAUUGAACGAGCGGAGGAAGCAGAUGAAAGGCUGCAAGGUUUGCAGGGAUGCUUCAUGGGGCUUCCUUAGCAGCACAGAGGAUAAUUACUGUGAUGGAUUUGGAGUCUGCUAGAAAGGCGAAAGUGAAGGAAGUAAUGGAGCUCAGAUGUUGGCUUGAUACCCUGGAGCUUAAUUACCUCAACUGCUGAAGACUGAAAGGCAGCAGAUUCUUGGUGUUUGUGCAUACCGCAGCACACUUUGCAUUCACCGGCAUAGGCAAGCAGCUGCUGCAGAGAAAGACCCUUGGCUUAACAACAUCCAUGACACCUUAUUGGGAGGUUUGUACACAGCUAUUGCUUCUGCUUGAAAGAGCCAGAUCCUGAGCCUGGCUGGUUUUGUCUGUGUCUUACAGCAUGAGCUCUCUGUGCAGGGUCAAGGGACUGGCGAGGUCACUGCUGGGCUGAGUGGCUGCGGGUACAGCGUGUCACUGCAGAGCCGUGCUGUGAAUGAAGGGGGAAACAAAAUGCAUAUGGAGGACAGGCAGUGGUGAGCAAGGCCUUGGGUCAAGUCCUGUCUGCCAGGGAACAGUGGCACGUGUGGCCCACCAAAACACAGUGCUUAGCAGUGUAAGGCAAGGGAAAAGGGGAGGUUGGGUAAAGUGUAACGUCAACAUAGCAGAGGAAAGACAGUGGCGUUGUUUGCAUUGUUACUGCAACAGACACCUCUGGAAUAGACUGAAAGCAAGGGAAAUAGUCAUUGCUGCCUGCUGCACCCCUGCCUUUCCACUCCAAGCAUACGGUCAAGAGCAGUCAUGGAAAAACUCCAGCACCAGGCAAACAAAGACUUGAAGAGCUGUGGACAGCAACGUCCUGAGCACUCAAGCUAAAAGCUUAGCUCUGAAUCUCAGCUAAGUGUGUUCCUGGUUGCAAGGAAAGCUUCCAAGCUGCAUCUAGUUUGCAGACAUCAUCAGCAGCCAAGGCAACUGCAAUGAUAAGAGCACCCCAGCCGCCUGCUCUUUGGCACUUUAAUGGUCUCCUCAGCAACAAGGCUGUUGACUGCCAAGCGUAUGUGGAUACGAAGCUUAGGCUGACGCAAUGACAGAAAGACAGAACAGGACAGACUGAACACAGAAGUCACCAGCUCCUCACCCAAGGGACCACACUGUAAAGCCCCUGCCCAGAUGUCAGGGGGCUGAGGUGCCAGGGAGGAACAGCUCUUCACAACGCGGCCACUUCUCUGGGCACAGGGCAAGGCACGAGUGCAACCACUUUAUCCCCACCAGCUCCACACUUACACAGGAGCACAGACUGGGCAAGGCUGCUUUCCCUCUUCACAAAGCAUGCCACCUCUCAGCUAGAUGCAGUCCCCCCGAGAUUCUCUUUCCCUCUGUUUGUACAGUAUCACAGCAACUAACUAGAUUUUAAGUUUGGAUUUCUUGGCUGUGGGAGCCGAGAUCAGAAGGUGAGUCAGCAGCUGUGUACUCUGAUCUGCAAACAGGCUGGUGUUUGAAUUCAAACAAUUUUGUGUUGUCACUUCCAAU